ACUGCAAAGUGUGUGGCAAGUCUACAUGGAGCCAACUGCAGGACUUGUGCCGGCUGGCCAAGACCUCCUGCCCUGCUCUUGGCAUCUCCCGAAAGAACCUGUAUAUCUUUGAGGUGGACUAUCUGUGCAACUAUAAGAAAGUCCGGGACCAGGAGUACUACCUUGUAAAGUGGAGAGGCUACCCUGAAUCUGAGAACACCUGGGAGCCACGCCGGAACUUGAGGUGUGCAAGCACCUUGAAGCAGUUCCACCGAGAUCUGGAGGGCGAGAUAAUCCGUCGAACUGGGAGACGGCCUAGGACUGUGCCUCCACGCCACCUGGAUGCAGCCCUGGUAGAGUUCUUAUUGCAGAAGGGCCGUCAGCGGAAGGCUCUGCAGCGUUGGGAGCGAGAACUGAAUGCGAGACGCUCUCACAAGGGCAGCAUCUCAGUAGAAAAUGAAGUGGACUUAAACGGGCCCCCCAAGGGCUUCUCAUACAUCAAUGAGUAUAAGGUGGCCGAAGGGAUUGCCGUGACCCAGGUGGCCAUAGGCUGUGAAUGUAAGAACUGUCUGGAAGCCCCAGUCAAUGGCUGCUGCCCAGGUGUAUCACUCAACAAGUUUGCGUAUAACAUCCAGGGUCAGGUGCGGCUUCAGGCUGGCCAGCCCAUCUAUGAGUGCAACUCCCGUUGCCGCUGCGGUGAGGACUGCCCCAACCGUGUGGUGCAGAGGGGCAUUAGCUACAACCUGUGCAUCUUCCGCACGUCAAACGGGCGAGGCUGGGGCGUCCGCACACUGGAGAAGAUUCGCCGCCACAGCUUCGUUAUGGAGUACGUGGGUGAGAUCAUCACUUCUGAGGAGGCCGAGCGUCGCGGGCAAGUCUACGAUCGGCAGGGGAUCACCUACCUUUUUGAUUUGGACUACGUGGAGGAUGUCUACACGGUGGAUGCAGCGUACUAUGGGAAUGUCUCUCACUUUGUCAACCAUAGCUGUAACCCCAACCUUCAGGUUUACAAUGUCUUCAUCGAUAAUCUGGAUGAGCGCCUACCACGAAUUGCCUUUUUUGCCACCCGAACUAUCUGGGCAGGCGAGGAGCUAACCUUUGACUACAACAUGCAAGUGGACCCUGUAGACAUGGAAAGCACACGUAUGGACUCUAACUUCGGUCUGGCUGGUCUCACAGGCUCUCCCAAGAAGCGGGUGCGGAUUGAGUGUAAAUGUGGAACCGAAUUCUGCCGGAAAUACCUCUUCUAGUAGCUGAAGUUGGCGCCUUCCUUCGACUCCAGACAACCCAGGACAAUGGCUUCCCUGGUCUCCUGAGCCGGGGCUGACCGACCAGAUUGACAGAGGCGAAGACCUGACCUGCCUUUCAGGGCAGAGAAAUUACUGCCACCCCCAACCCCUCCCCUUGGCCAAGGGGAUCCAGAGUUUACCUACCCCCUUCCCCACCCCCUCACAGUUUGCACAUGUUUGGAUGAGUUUUUCCAGUCCCCUGUAGGGGAUGUUUGGGAAGUGGG